AUGCGCAUCCCCCGCCCCCGCCCAAGCCUCGCCCUCGCCAUAGAGUCCAGCGCCGACGACUCCAGCGCCGCCCUCGUCGACACCGCCCGCCGCAUCCUCUCCCUGCAUACCAUCUCCCAGCACGCCCAGAACGCCCAGCACGGCGGCAUACAUCCCCUCAAAGCACAGGCCCUCCACGCGAGAAACGUCCCCCUCGCCGUCGAGCGUGUGUUGAGGGAUGCCAGGCAGCAGGGUAUCACAUGGAGGGACGUGGAUAUCGUGGGGUAUACGAGGGGACCGGGGAUGAGGGGAUGUUUGCAUGUCGGCGAGAUGGUCGCAAAGGGCCUCGCUGCCGGCUGGGGCAAGCCGCUCGUCGGGGUGCAUCAUAUGCAAGCACAUGCUCUCACACCGCUCCUGACUGAGCACACCCCGCCCGAGUUCCCAUUCCUCGUCCUCCUGCUCUCAGGCGGCCAUACCCAGCUCGUCCUCGCAGAGAGCGUAUUCAAAUUCAAGAUCCUCAUGGACACUCUCGACUCUAAAAUCGGCGACGUAUUCGAAAAAUCCGCCCGUCUCCUCAACCUCCCCCCGUCCCCCUCCCUCUCCCCCGGCGCCACCCUCGAACACUACGCCUCCCUCCCUCCUCUCCCUCCCUUCGCCUCUUCCUCUUCCUCUUCCCCUCCCUUACUCAAACCUUUGCCCAUACCGCUGACGCAAGGGAGCGCCAAACACGUCGUAGGCUGGAGUUUCGCCGGCCUCCUCGCAGCCCUCUCUCGCCGCGUCGAGGAACACAACUCCACCUCCAACUCCAACCCCCAAGGAGAAUCAGGAGGGUGGGGCGAACCUCACCAACGCGCAUACUCCAACCUCCUCCAACACGCAACCACCCUCCACCUAACUACCAAACUCUCUCAAACCCUGUCCUCCCUUCCCCCCCUCCUGAAGGAGAAGCUGAGCGGGAUGGCAGUCUCCGGCGGGGUGGCUUCCAACAAGUACCUUCGCGCCAAGCUUGAGGCGUGUUUGAGAGAGAGUUUGGGAGAGGGGAAGGGGGUUUGGUAUCCGCCUGUUUCUUUGUGUACUGAUAAUGCGGCGAUGAUAGCGUGGACAGCCCUCUUACGCUACGACGCCCGUCUCACCUCAUCAUCAUCCUCCUCUCCCCCCCUCUCUCCCUCUUCUUCUCCCUUCAUACAACCUUCAUCAUCACCACCACCACCAACACCACAUAUACGAGAACCAGACCCAGACCGGUGGGCGGGGGACGGCUACGCCCUGGACCUGCGUCCGAAAUGGAGUUUGGAAGAUCUGUACGACGAUGUACCCGGAGGUUUCUGA